AUGUCCAUCAUGGACCACAGCCCAACCACAGGGGUGGUGACGGUCAUCGUCAUCCUCAUUGCCAUCGCGGCCCUGGGCGCCCUGAUCCUGGGCUGCUGGUGCUACCUGCGCCUGCAGCGGAUCAGCCAGUCGGAGGACGAGGAGAGCAUCGUGGGCGAAGGCGAAACCAAGGAGCCCUUCCUCCUGGUCCAGUAUUCUGCGCGGGGACCUUGCACCGAGAGGAAGGCCAAGCUCAGCCCCAGCGGCCCCAAGGCGCACGGCUAG